UUGAUUGGCAACCCAUUUGAUCCCGCUCGUCGCACACCAGUUGUCAAUUCAGAAAAUGGAGAGACUUGGACAGGAACUAUGCCAGCCAGUCCCUACUCCUUCUCCUUUCCGCGUCGAUUGUAUUGGAGGGCCGCGGAUUGAACGCGAGAACAUGGCUCCUUUGACGAACCCUUAGCCAUCGAAGCUGUUUUCCGGGAGCUCGGUGCGACCGCAGAAAUCGUUGGCCUCCCUGAUGGCGCUGCUGGGGAGGUUCCCGUUGCUAUUGUGCAGCAGAGGAGUAGUGAUUGCACCGACGCAAGAUUGAGACAGACUUUGCUGCGGACACUCGGCGCGACAUCUAUGGUCGAGCAUAUCAUCGACCUCCGAGACCUUGGUCUGAAUGACUACCCGCGCAUAAGUUCCGGCAAGCCAAGGAAAAAUGAACUGUGUACAAUAAUCAAAGAGCAUUUUGCUUCAAGGGGCAGCUCUCUGUUAGAGCCUCACAUUGAUCCGCAGCACACAUUUUCUCUGCCUGAUUUCUGCGCAUUGUGGCAGAAGUUGCUGCACGUCGAACCUGGCAUGAGCCUCACCCCGGCCUCGUCUGUGUUCGAGUUCGCAGACUCACUACUGCUUUCCCGACUUCCCAAGUUGCUGAAGGAAGAAAGAGGCUUGACUCUCGGACUGCAUGAUGUCGUUCGAAACUCGGUCAUCAAGGACCAGCUUACUCUUUUGAGCACCACUACACGUGUCGGCCAGGCAGUACUGCCGCCGACGGGCGCCCAGCGAGCAGGUCAACCGGGAGUCGAAGACAUGAAAUUCGUCCAGGGCGAUGCGAAUUUCGCCAAGCAAGCACAACAAGCGAUUCAGAACAUCCUAUCGCCGCUAAAUCUCUCCUGGGACAACAAUGUCGAGGAUGUCAUCCCGGUGUACAGUUUGAUGGAGCUCUGGCUGCGUCAACGGAGGCAAUUGAGCGGAUAUAUGCGUAGUGAGUGGCUCUGUGCAGCGUCCGUUCAAGACGUCUCUCGUGCCCUCCGACUCGCACUGACAGAACACGCGAUAUUGCAAAGUAUGGCAGCGUAUGUUCCGGGCGUGGCGCUGCCUGCCCACGAGCAUCAGGCCGUCUUCGUAGUCAUGCGGCCAACGGACUCGUGGUUCGACGAGACCAUUGUCCUUCGUGAUGAGGUUGUGGAAAAGACUGGAGAUCUGAUGCAGCUUUUCAUGGAUGACUUAACAAUCGAUUUUGUUUCACGUCCUGGGCCUUUGUGCGCUUUAUGCUGUUCAAAAUGAUUGACGGUGGCACUGGGCUGAUAUGGCACGGUCAUCACAGCUUGUUCGAUGCCAGCAGUAUGCCUUCAUUCUUCGAUGCGGUUGAAAGAACCCUCUCGGGAAAGCCGGAUACGAAUACUUCGCUUGUGCCACACAAGUUAUGGGCCGACAGCUUGUACAACCUCUCCUCGUCACAAUCAAAAUGCUCAGACUUCGAUCGACUGGCAUAUGAAGCGGCUUCUCAAUGCGCCGAUCAAUCUCACCUCACGAGGGGACGCUCUCUUUUCCGCAACGCACGCCAGAAUGGUCCAAAUGCCGAUCGACGGGAUGGGUUGAUUGGAAAACUUGGGUGCCUGGUCCAGAGCGCAAAGCGAUGGACGAUCCUCCUGCGGAUGGGGUCGAGGGUAUUGUGCACGUUUGUAACUUGCCCUCGGGAGUCCGGCAGUUGCUCAAGUCGCUGCAUCGAGUGGACGUGACACAGAUCUUCAAAGCCGCAGUGGCACUUGUCAAUGUGUGUAUGACGAAGGAGCCCAUAGCCCUGUUCGAGUAAGUUGUUGCCGCUCGUAGUUGGCCCUUCCUGCCUGAUUGGCAGGCACAUGUGCUGCCAGCUGCCACUGAGGCGGACGGUCCCACUAUUCAAUUCGUCUUUUGCGCAGUGGUGCUGGACAACUUGGAGGAUACGACCUUGAGUCUUAUGCAGAGGCUGCAGAGGAACAACAGGAGCUGGCGCAGCAUGGUGCUGCUCCGAAAGACGGUAUAUUCUCUGCGUUGGCGAGAGCCAGUCCCGGUGCUGGAGAGAUUGCGUAUCAAGUCUUUCGGAGGCAAUGCUGGAACUGGGUGAUUUUGGAUGAUGAUGAUAAAGACGAUGAACAACGAAGGAAGACGAACCUGAUCCAUCUCAUUGAUCGCGCUGAUCAUGGGUUUGUUUGGCAGUGUACCACCACCACAAAGCAUCUGGACCGGCUCACUGUCAAUCCCAGGUAGGAUGCUGCGCAGUUGAGCCUGGCCGAGGUGCAGAAAAUGUUGAGCAUGCUUGAUGAUGCUGUCGCCAUGCUGGCGAGCCAGGAUGGUUGGAAGAGGAGUAUACAGGAUGUGAUACCGAGGAUGGGGUCAACUCUCUGAUGACCACGGUAGUAGCGAACAACAAACAAGCAGGAAGGGUGUCAACGAGGAAGGUACCUACCUAGGUACAGAUUGAUCAGAUCCAGCAGAUCCAACAGAGACGGCUCUUGGCUGCGGCAAUGGCCUCGAAGUGAACAGGUUUCGUUGACCUCGAAUUAUCUACCUGGUAUUCAUCUGCCUCUUGUUCUCACCUCACUUUUCACUCUCGUCUUCAAAAAUUGCAACUCACCUCAACUCCUCACAUGUCCCACGGAGCACUCAGAUCUAUCAGCCACAACCCGCACCACUAUCCUACCCCUCUUUAAUGUCUCGACAAGCCGGUGCCUCACCCAAUGCUGGCACCAUGGGUUAGGAUCCCGUGGACGACGCGUCAGGGAGUCUCGAAUAUGAAGGCAGACAAAUCCACCCUCGGUUUCCUCACACUCCUCCUCCGUCAAUAGAAUCCACUCCUCUGUGCAAUGUCGAUUCAGUGGAUUUGGAAGAUCCGGCUGCAUAUACCCAUUGCGAUCAAUCCGACGUUGCAAUACCUGCUUCGGGGGGAUCGACACCGCGGAAUGAAACUGCUCAUACUGUCCAAGUGCUCCGAGUCACAUCACUUCUCCGAAGCAAUACAAUCUUACAGAGCAACCAUUCUCCCGUCCACCUGAAACGUUAAUCACAGGAGCGAACCUCACGCCACUAGGCGCAAGAUCUCUAAGCUUAAUAGUCAACUCCCCGCCAACUGGUCCGAGUGACCGCAGCUCAUACAUUGACUUCACCCUCUUGAGACCAUGGAGAUCGAGCAAACAAAUCUUUCGAGCCGUGCCUUCAUGGCCAGAAGAACGCAUCAAGAAGGGUGAAGUUAGUCCGCCACCAGAGCCGGGGAAGUGCAACAGUAUAUGUGCAAGAGAUCCAUUUCAGCCACCGACUUGGGAAAAUGUCCGAAAGCACCUGACAUGGGCGGUGACGGGUUCGCCUUUCAUUUCAUUCUUCACAAGUUUCGAAUGUGCAUGGCGGUGGAAAGAGAGGUACAUCAGAGAGGGCGCCUGUCGAGUCCGCAUUUUCUGCUUCAACGCCCAAAAUGUCGCCACACUGCUGGAUGGGAAUACGCUGGCUAAUGAACUUGGGAUCACGACUGACAAAGUCGGAACCCGGCACGCUUUCGAGUACCUUGUUUGGGGAUGGAUAUCUGGAGCCGAGUGUGCAGGCGUGUUCGAUAUGACAUGUUGAUCCGAAGUGUACCAAACUGCCGGCUUUGCCCUGUGCUACGACGUCUGUGUGAUGCCCUUGUGGAUGUUCAGAUGAUGAAGUGUACAGGUGUUUCUCUGAGUCCGCAAGUCGAUGAAGACAUUGUGAGAGCUAUGAAGCACAAUGACGGCGACCGGAAUACUGAACGAGGGUCCUAUCCGAUGUCCUCAGCCGACAUUAUUUCCUUUUUCACUUCUUAGAGGUGGUCUUGGGAAGAUCUUUCGACCUACGGCUUCAGCAACACGAACCCAUCACUCCCAACGUGUUCCGCUUCUUCAAACGCCUUCUCCCACUCCUCCAGCCCAUACGUCCCAAAACAUUUCGCGCCCAUUGGCGACAUCUGCUGUUGCUGAUACAGACUCACCACCCCCGUUUCCACCAGAUUGAUCAUCCUCCUCACAUCCACCGCUUCAAACAUCCACUUCCCUUUGAUCAUUAUCCCCCAAUGCAUGAUGCGACUAUGCGGCAGUGCCACGUCGCCCAUGAUUCCACCCAUAAGCACACACCGUCCGCCUUUCUUCAACGCCAUGAUGCCCGCUUUGAUAUGCCCCGAAGAUGCAGCCGCAGGUGGACUUGUAUCGAAAAACACAUCAAUGGACCCUCCUAGGUUUUCCAACCUCUUCAAAUCCUCCUCCCACUCACCGCUGAGUCUCACACACUCUACCCUCGACCCCUUCGCGCCAGCAGCAAUCUUGACUUUGUCCAGCGUUGCCAUAUUCCGACCCAUUGCGAUCACCCUCCCUGCGCCCAACGACAAAGCAACAUGCACCGCCGCACUUCCAAAGCUGCCCGUCGCCGGAGCCACUACCACCGUCUCACCGGGCUUGAUGUCAAUACCCCCUGGUCCCAAUCCGCCGUACGGGACCAUCAUUUUGGGGAUGAACAUCAGGUCUUCCAUGCUAUACCCCAAUUUGUCGAACAACUUGAGCUCGUCGACACGGUGGCAGUUCUCCAGCGGCCAGCGCACGUAUUCCGCGUACGUCCCGUCACGCCACACCUCGCUCAUGAGCUUCUUGCUCGCUGGACUGUACCCGUCGUGGAUGGCCGAUAGGAAUGUGCUCGUGGAGGCGCUGUAGCCGUUGGUGUCGUCGCGGCUGGAGAUGGUCACAUCGAGAAAGCACAGGUCGCCGGCCUUGAGACCAAUGGCAUCGGGACCCAGUGCGACGAUACGGCCGAGGGCGCUGGAACCGAGGGUCAAGGGCGUUGGGUAUGGGUAUUUCCGAGCGCCGUUGUAGAUGUCCUUGGUGUAGGAGAGGAUGUUGGCGAGUUCGACUCUGAGAACGGCGGAUCCAGGGGUGGGCUGCGGCG